AUGUUCGCACGUCGCUGUACCCGCCUCGUGGCGUCAAGGACAUGCGUCCCCUUAAGCUCCUACUUGGUUCGCGUUCGACCCUACUCGUCCGGUCCUACUAGCUACGAACAUAUCCUCACUUCUACGCCCAAACCUGGAGUUGGUCUGAUCACCCUCAAUCGACCCAAAGCUCUCAAUGCCCUCUGUAGCCCUCUGUUCACCGAACUCAAUGACGCGCUGGGCAAAUAUGACCAGGACAAGGAUAUCGGUGCGAUCAUCAUCACUGGAAGUGAAAAGGCAUUUGCCGCCGGCGCCGACAUCAAAGAAAUGGCCCCCCUAACCUUCGCCGCCGCCUAUAAUGACAACUUCAUCGCCCCCUGGUCCCACCUAGCCAACACCAUCCGCAAACCCGUCAUCGCCGCCGUCUCGGGCUACGCCCUUGGCGGAGGCUGCGAACUCGCCAUGAUGUGCGACAUCAUGUACUGCACCGCCAACGCCACCUUCGGUCAACCCGAGAUCAAGCUCGGCACGAUUCCCGGCGCGGGCGGCUCGCAGCGUCUCACGCGCGCCUUGGGCAAGAGCAAAGCGAUGGAACUCAUUCUCACGGGCAAGAACUUCAGUGGUAAGGAGGCGGGGGAUUGGGGGCUGGCGGCGCAGGUGGUGGAGGGGGGCAAGGAGGAGUUGUUGGAGGUCGCAAUGAAGACGGCGGAGACGAUUGCAGGUUACAGUCGGGUGGCGGUUGUUGCGGGCAAGGAGGUGGUGAACAAGAGUCAGGAGCUGUCACUUCGGGAGGGGGUGGAAUAUGAGCGGAGAUUGUUCCAUGGGUUGUUUGGAAGCCGGGAUCAGAAGAUUGGUAUGACUGCUUUUGCGGAGAAGAAGAAGCCCGAGUGGUCUCAUGAAUAG